AUGCCUCUCAACUUCAACUCCAAGCAGAAGCGCGGCGAGUACCAUGACGGGAAAGCGCAAAGUACCGGAAGAGUCAACACGUUCGGCCAGGUCGCUAUACAAUUCCACAGGAACACGACGCAUCUGAAAUACUGGUUCGACAAGCUCCAGAAAGAUUCCGCGGCAUGCCGACCGCCGGGAUGCGCAAAACCGCGAAGAGGAAGCACGACGCUGGUGGAUGAGUUCAUCAGCGACAAGACCAGCAGUACCGGCGCACCACGACUGAACAUCGCAAUACACAUCUGCGGGUCUCGCGGCGAUGUACAGCCUUUUAUUCCGAUUGCGAAGCUGCUCCAGGCUGCGCCACAUCACCAUCGAGUGCGCAUCUGCACGCAUCCCGCCUUCAAGGACUUUGUGGAAAGCAAUGGAGUGGAGUUCUUUUCCAUCGGAGGCGACCCCGAAGCACUCAUGGCGUACAUGGUGAAGAACCCAGGGCUGAUUCCAAAUAUGCAGUCCAUCAAAGCCGGGGACAUUGGCAAGCGACGAAAAGAGAUGGCCGAGAUGAUGGAGGGGACCUGGAGGAGUUGCAUUGAGGCGGGUGAUGGCAUGGGCGAGAGAGUCUCAGCAUUGGACGUGGACGCGCCUGAGGAUUUGUUCAUCGCAGAUUGCAUCAUUGCGAACCCGCCGUCCAUGGGCCACAUCCACUGCGCGGAGAAGCUUGGCAUCCCGCUGCAUAUGGUCUUCACUAUGCCGUGGUCGCCAACAAAAGCUUUCCAUCACCCGCUAGCGGCCAUGGAGUAUGGCGAAGUUGAGAGGUCCGUCGCGAACUACUUCAGCUUCGGCAUCAUGGAGCUGCUCACUUGGCAGGGUUUAGGCGAUGUCAUCAACAAGUUCAGGACGCAGACCUUGCACCUAGACGCUAUCAGUCCGCUCUGGGGUCAUCUCUUGCUUUCGAGACUUCGCGUCCCAUAUAGCUACCUAUGGUCACAGGCUUUGAUCCCGCGGCCAAAUGACUGGGACUCACACAUCAGCAUUACCGGUUUCUCUUUCCUAGAUGCCGGGUCGAACUACACACCGCCGGACGACUUGGCCGAGUUCCUUGCGAAGGGUCCUCCUCCGGUGUACAUCGGCUUUGGCAGCAUAGUGGUGGAUGACCCAGUGGCUCUCACCAAGCUCAUCUUUGACGCUGUGAAGCUGGCAAAAGUUAGAGCCAUAGUUUCCAAGGGCUGGGGCGGCGUGGGUGCAGGUGAGGUGCCCGAUGAUGUGUACCUCAUUGGCAAUUGUCCGCACGAUUGGCUCUUCCAACGGGUUUCGUGUGUGGUCCAUCACGGAGGUGCGGGUACAACGGCUGCUGGUAUUGCCUUGGGUAGGCCUACGGUUGUUGUGCCCUUCUUCGGUGACCAACCCUUCUGGGGACAGAUGAUCGCAAAGGCUGGAGCUGGUCCAAUGCCCGUCCCGUUCAAGCAGAUGACUGCCGAGAGCCUUGCGACAAGCAUUACCUUUGCGCUGCAAGAUUCUGUCAAAGUCGCAGUUCACAAAAUGGCAGAAAGUAUUGCAGAGGAAGAUGGUGCCGGAGAUACUGUACGCGACUUUCAGCAAAAGCUGGGCAUCGAUGGAAUGCGAUGCCAUAUUUGUCCGGAUCGCUUGGCUAUAUGGCGAGACAAAGAGACUGGCGCACAUCUCAGUGGCUUCGCAGCCUCCGUGCUUGUCCAAGAAAGACUGUUGGAUCUGAAGCAUCUACGUUUGCUGCAACAUCGGCAUUACUACACCCAUGAGGGCGCUGAAGGGCCACUCACCGGCGUCGUCGCUGCUUUUGGGGGGCUCAUGGCUGGUCUAAGCACUGAUACGGCGGAGUUCUCGCAACGGCUGAAGAAGAGACCACGCGAGACUGAGGCCGACGCAGAAGCCUUGAGGAGAGUACCAACCGUUGAUGAGCCAGACUUGGAGAAGGGCAUCACGUCCAAGCACUUCCAUCACCUGGCGUACAGAAUGGCAGCGAAGUCAUGCGACGACGACUACACGCACAAUUUCGAGAAGCCGCAGAACCGCCCGGGCAUUUCAGCUCUCCGCGAGAAGAUCGCUGCGAGGCGAGCAAGAGGUGGCCGUGGCUACCAAAUCACAAGCGCUACCGCGCAUUAUGUUGGUGAUCUCGCGGCCACAGGAGCCAAAACCCCAGUCGCCUUCUUCUACAACAUCGCAAACGGCUUCCGGAACCUACCCUCAUACGCAAUCCACAACGACCCCGCGAGGCAACGUGACGAGAUCACCGGUUUCGGCAGCGGCUGCAAGCUCGCCGGCAAAGAAUUCGUGCUCGGCCUCAGCGACGCACUCGUAGGCAUAGUUCGACACCCCUAUCUCGGCGCGAAACAAGAAGGCGCCAUGGGAUUUGGCAAAGGAAUUGGGCGAGGUCUGGCUGGGCUAUAUCUCCAUUUGGGAGCCGCGACUGCCGCCACUGCAGUUUUCAUGUUCAAGUUGGUGAAGAUGCGCAUGAUCUUCUACAGGCUCAAAAAGCAGGGCAUGCCAGUUCCGGCAUGGAAUUUCGCAGUCGGAAAUCUCACAGUUUUGCCAGACCUCCUCAAACAAUUCCCCGAAGGCUCGCAGCAAUCCGAUGCCUUUACCCUGCUCGCAAACGACUUCCCAGAGUCUGAUCACUGCUUCUACGUCGAUCUCUGGCCGUUUACUAGUCCGCUCAUGAUAGUCACAUCGCCUGAGAUGGCAAUGCAAGCGUGUCAGGAAUACGAUCUGCCCAAGCCGCCCAUCCUGAUCCCGUUCUUUGCGCCGUUCGCGGGGGGCGCGAAUCUGUUCGAUAUGAAUGGCGCGGAGUGGAAGCGGUCAAGGGCGUUGUUUAACCCGGGGUUUAGUGAUAGGGUUAUGAUGGAGAGUACGUCGCAUAUUAUCGAGGAAGCUGAGGUCUAUGUGGGAUUGCUGCGAGAGCAUGCGAAGAAAGGGGAUACGUUUUCUUUGGAUCGAUUGACGUGUGACUAUAUGAUGGAUCUCAUCGGCGUCAUCACCAUCAACGCACGUCUCCACUCCAUGACCAACCACAACGCCCUCGCAGCAGCAAUGCGCAGCUCCAUAGAAUGGAACUGCCGGGACCAAGAGAUGAACCCGUUCAAGCGCUGGAACCCGUACCGUCCGUGGAUCGAAUGGCGCAAUGGCAAAACGAUGGAUCGCUACAUCAGCACGGAGCUCGACAAACGAUACGAAGAUUGGCGUAGCAACAAGCCGUCCACCCGCGCCAAGUCUGUCAUGGACAUCACCAUAGCCGCGUACAUGGGCGAGCGCAAAGGAGCCGCAAAGCUCGACCCUGAGUUCAAGCGGUGGGCGACGGUUCAGAUCCGACUGUUCCUGUUCGCUGGACACGAUUCCACUGCCGCUACCAUCGUAUACAGUCUCUACAUGCUGUCCAAGCACCCAGAAGCUCUGGCUAAAGCUCGCGCAGAGCUCGACGAAGUCUUUGGCGCAGGCAACGACACAGCCGCCGGUGUGCUCAAGAAGCAUCCAGAGCAGAUCAACAAGCUGCCUUACAUGAACGCCGUAGUCAAGGAGACUCUCCGCCUCUUCCCACCCGCCUCAGGCAUGCGAGGCGGUCUCCCAGGCGUCUUUCUCCGCGACAAAAACGGAAACAAAUACCCCACCCAGGACAUCAACAUCUGGGUCGUCCACGGCGCAAUCCAGCGUAACCCAAACUACUGGCCCGAGCCCCACGCCUUCUUGCCCGAGCGCUGGCUUGUCGAGCCCGGUCAUGCUUUAUACCCACCGAAAGGGGGAUGGCGGCCGUUUGAAUUUGGACCAAGGAAUUGCGUGGGCCAGACGCUGGCAAUGCUGGAUAUCAAGAUUACCUUAGCGAUGACGGUGAGGGAGUUUGAUGUGAGGGAUAUGUAUGAGGAGUGGGAUCGGCUGCAUCCUUCGAGUGGCAUCAAGACGGUGUUUGAAGAGAGGGCGUAUCAGGUGCCGCAAGGGGCUGCGCAUCCGGUGCACGGGUUUCCUUGUAAGUCACCGUCACACCACGCCCCGAUCGAGAUGCUAGGCUUCCGUCCGCUAUCCGUGGGCAAGCGGAAAGCCAAGUCGUACAACCAGGCGGCGACCCACGAGCGCGAUGUCGAGGACGGUGAAGUCAACGAGAAGGACUACCAAAGCGACGACUACGAGGCCUACAUGUCCUCGGGCACAACCAGCCCAUCCUCAUCCCGGGAAUCGUCGGGCGCAUACGACCCGAACCCGAACAACAUCGAAUCGAGACCGCUGCGACGGUCCUCGAAGUCUCACCGGAGAGCCCCUUCGAAAGCUACCGUCAGCGCAUACAGCUAUAGGAAUCCGCGGGCAUGCACGAGAUACUUCGGGCUGGCCGUGGCGAGUACGCUGCUGUUCUUCAUGUACUUCCUCUUCAGCAGCAGCUGGGCCUCGAUACGGAAUGCAGAGCUCGGCCUGAAUAAGCCGCCGCCGCCGCCCAACGUCUGGGAGAGCUUCCCGUUCCUGAAGCGGUACCACGGCGGCGUGCGGUCGCUGGUGAGCCGGGAGAAGAACGUGCCGGAAUACCCCACCAAGCAGGACAUUGACCCUGAGCUGCCCGCGGAGGAGUCCAAGAGCGACGUCGAAAAGCGACAGUCGCAGGGCGCACACAUUGCUGAGUCGAUACCAUUCGACCCGUACCCAGACUACAGCGGCGUCAACUACGUUGACACAUACGGGCCGGUCGAGACGUGCUAUCUCGAUGCGAACGACACCAUCAAGGUGCCAGGGCUGCGGGCAUACAAGGGCGUUCCCCAGGGUAUGCCGGAUAACGUCAUUGGGAGCUACGAGACACUGGGUCUGAGGAACGAUGUCUGUUUUGAGCGCUUUGGACGGCUCGGUCCGUAUGGCCUCGGCUACAGCAAGCGGCGCGGUGGAACGGGCGCCGGCAUGGAGGGCGACCGCGAAGGCAUCGAGGACGUGUGGAAGGUGGACGCAGAGGUAGACUUCCGCGACGUCAGCUGGGCGGAGGCAAUCGACCGCUGCCUGGAGAAGAACAAGGGCCGCUUUCAGAAGCAACCCAAGUCCCGGACAGACUCGUUUACCAUGCAGAAACGCGAUGCUGACGACUCUCCCGCAAACGGCACCGUGCUACAACCGAAGGCGACACACAAUAAGCUUCUCCCCAGGACUGCAGUCCUCGUCCGAACGUGGGACGACUACAACUACGACGACGAAGACAUCAUGUACCUGCGCGCACUCGUCUCCGAGUUGAGCCUCGCGUCCGGUGGCGAAUACGAAGUCCACUUCCUGAUCCAAGUCCACGACGACAACAAGCAGAUCUGGGCCGACGAGGCGAUCCACCAGGAAGUCCUCAAGAACGCGCUACCUGCUGAGUUCGCUGGUAUGGGCACGCUCUGGUCGGAACGUCAGAUGGGCUUGAUCUACGGCGGCCUAGAGGAGUCCAACUACCGCGGGCUGCCUGUACACGGCGUCUAUCGCUCCACCUUCAUGCCAGUCACGUACUUUGCUCACCAGCAUCCCGAGUUCGACUUCUUCUGGCACUGGGAAAUGGAUGUUCGGUAUACCGGCCACCACUACCACCUCUUCGAACAGGUCUCCAAGUGGACGACUGCCCAGCCACGCAAAGGGCUGUGGGAGCGCGACGCCCGGUUCUACGUCCCAUCCGUCCACGGUGCCUGGGAAGAGUUCAAGCAGAUGGUGCACUGGCAGACCCAGCACGGCACCAACAACCAAGCAAACAAGUGGUCAUCGCAUCUCCCACCCAACCCCCACGUCCCCCUCGCCGAAAUGCAAAAGCCCGAGAAGCCAGUCUGGGGUCCAGAACUCCCGCAAGACUACCCCGACAUCGAGAUUGACGAGUCUGUGAAACCCAACACAACCAUCACAGAAGACAAGUACGAAUGGGGCGUUGGCGAACCCGCCGACCUCAUCGUCUUCAACCCCCUCUUCGAUCCGGACCACACAAAUUGGAUCCUCGCCGACGACGUCACAGGCUACGACAAGAAAAAUGGUCUGCCCCCUCGCCGCACCGCCAUCAACACCUCCGGCCGCCUUUCCCGCCGCCUCCUCGAAACAAUGCACCGCGAACAGUCGCGUCACCGGCACACCAUGUUCUCCGAAAUGUGGCCCGCAUCCUGCGCCCUGCACCACGGCCUCAAAGCCGUGUACGCACCGCAUCCCGUGUUCAUUGACCGCAAAUGGCCAACCCAGUACCUCGCCGCUAUCUUCAAUAACGGCCGUAAUGGCGCGAGUGGCGGCGCGCGCAUGUCUGUUUUUAGCGAUGAGAGACAACAUAACUUUUUGGGUACGACUUGGUACUACCACGCUGGCUUUGCACCGAAUCUGUGGAAGAGAUGGAUGGGGUAUAAGGUUGAUAACGAUGGUGGUGAGGAAUAUGAGGUUGCGGGAGAGGGGAGGAUGUGUCUUCCGGCUGUGUUGUUGCAUCCGGUUAAGCAGGUUGAUUUGGUGCAGGAGAAGGAGAGGGUUGAGGAGGGUGAGAAGGUGGAGUGA